AUGUCGUCCAUGUCUCAGUGGCUAUGGCACCAGUUCUCUACCUUCUACGUUAGGGGGCAGACCCCAGUAGAGAGGGGUCAAAACUUGUGCAGGACGCUGCUACACCCGGGCCUUCUCCAUGGGUGUCUGGUUGUUGCGGCCUGUCAGUGGGCAUGGGUGACUGGUUCACUUGAACAGGUCAAAGUACCUUUUCUCUACCACAAGACAGCGGCAUACGAGUUCGCAAAGCAGCAGCUCUUCGAGUCUGCCGAAAGCGUCAGUGACACAGCCGUUUUCGCUAUAGCCACGCUAGCGCUCACCGAGGUACGUUGCCGUCAGCAGCUCGUCCUGACGUUUGUAUUGACCAAGCUUGCAAAGGGUGCCGUUGGCGAUCUGGACGCAUCUUCAAAACACUUGCGGGGUCUUCGCAGACUGACGCUCAGGAAAAAUGGUUACAACUUGAUGAGGUCGAACUUGGCACAGCGGAUGCUGGAGAUGGCCGGCGAUCGUCUACGUCGAGGCGAGGUCAGCGUCAUGCACGACGCCAUCAGUGCUGACUUCCAGCCCAGCAUCAUCGCCUUGCUGUUCACGUCACUGUGGGACAUGGAGAGCCUGCCACCGCGACAGGCACCGAGAUACGGCUGGUGGGAGGGGGACGAGACUCCCACGGACAGGCUUUGGCAGGAUUACACAAAGAACCUCAACUGGGAACUCUCACGGGGAUUCGAUCCCGAACGCAACAUAGCGACAAUGCUGAACGGCGACGCAAAGAGCAGCAGGGCGAGCUACAUCGCUACGUUCUUCUACCUCGUCAUGGCAGUCAACGAUAACGAGAUGGACUGUGUCUUGACGGUGUGGUUGCUGGAGCAGCUCAUUGACGAUGUCUGCAACAAGGAGGAGGAGAUGAUUGCCGGCACAUUCAGUCGGAGUCUCUGGUUCUGGAGUGUCCUGUUUGGUGCUGCCGUGGCUAGCACGGGCAGACCCAUCACUGCAACGGGCAGGGAGCAGCUCGCAAAGUGGAGGGCAGUGUACGCGUCGAAGCUGGGUUUGGCAAGCAGUGUGAUGCAGCUUGACAGUUGGCAAGCGGCAAAGGCAGUCCUCGCGGAGGUCGCUUGGACUGAAGCUUCAGACGCCGAGGGGAGACUGCAUGAUAUUUGGGAGAAUGCAGUGUCGGGUUGGGAAUUCCAGGGCCGGGUGCUUGACCUCUCUUGA